UUUUUUUUCCUUAAUUUUAAUAAAAACUCCAUUUUUGUUUCCCAUGAGCUUUGAUUAGUACUUAUAUUGGCCUCUCUCAGGUAUUCUUCUCUUCAAAGCUGAAACCCACUUCUUCACCACAGGCCUAGAACAGGCCACAGGUAAUUCCUCUUAUGCAAUACUCUGGCUCUGACUUUUUCUCUCACAUCCACACAUCUCUCUCUCUCUCUGAUUUUCUAAAUUCAAUCUUCAGUCCAAUAUUUAUAUAGCACAGAAAUAAAGCAAGAAUCCGUCAAAAGCCAGACGGAUCAAAAGAAAAUUACAAUAAACUCGCUUCUCAUCACUUUCCCUACCAUUUUCCUUGCUCGCUUGAAUCACCUCCCUGUCCCAGCCUCUUUUGAGGCUGGGUCUCCGCCGUGCUCUCCCCCCUACCACCACCGUUUCUCCAUCAUUAAUUUUCUUAGAAGAGAAGGGUUUGUUUCUUGUGCUUGCCCUUAAAUCUUGAUUGAUUGAAUUGGAUUCUUUUUUUUUUUUUUUUCUUUUAGCCAAUGCAAGUAAGGGCAGCUAGUUUCAUCAAGAUCAAGAGAAAAUCUUCAUUUCCCUCAGACCCACCAUUUGUUUUUUUUUUUUCCUCAAAGACCCGCCAUUUGUUAAUAGCAUGUUCUUUGAAAUUGGCAACUCUGGCACCACCGUCGCUGCCCCCGCCACAGGUACUAUGUCAAAGCAGCAAUCUUUGAUAGCUCGCCAGAUAUUUAUCCAUCCCCCGCCGCCUUUAUCAUCGCCAUCUUCGUCCGCCUCGUUAAACAAGCGUCGUCCACUUCUUCAACGACACAGCCACUCCGCCUCCUCCAAUUCCUCCUGCUGCAGCGGCCGUUUCGCAGAGCUAGCAGGCGGGACGACAGCUGAGUGUGCUGCGAUAUGCUGCUGUUGUCCAUGUGCGUUAGUAAACCUUCUAUACCUCACCAUCUACAAGGUUCCCGCUGGGCUGUGCCGCCGCGCUUUGAGGAGGCGGCGGAGGAAGCAGCUGAUCAAGAAAGGAAAGCUGCCGCUUAGGACAAGGAGAUGCCGGUGCGGGUGCGAAGAAACAGAGAUACAAAUUCAUCCGUCGCCAAGUGUCAAUGAAUUGGUAGUGUUAAAAUCGUAUUCAGAGGAGGAGGAGGAGGAGGAGGAGGAGGAGGAGGAGGAAGCGAUGGUGAAGCUAGAGAAGGAGAUGUGGGAGAAAUUUUACAGUACUGGGUUUUGGAGAAGUCCUUCUCAAAGAGAGGUUCCUAGCAUAAAUCCCCACAUAGAUUCACUUAAGGCUAAGGUUAAACUAUAGAUAAUAGCCUUUCCAUGUUCAUGCUGUUAAUUACUUCAAAACUGGUAAAUAUUUUUAAUUUUCUACCCAUUUCUUCUUCUUCUUCUUCUUCUUCUUCAUAUGUUCUUUGUUUGUUUCUUGAAUUUCUCUUUCUUUCUUGUUGAUGGUGGUGUGGUUGGAUUGGAUUGGAAAGAAAUUAAAGAUCCAUAUUUGCAUUGUAGAGUUAAAGAAAACGAGGGUUGAAAGGCUUGAGGUCUGUGUUAUGUGUCUUCUUUCUUAAACUAAUGCUAUUAGGAUUGGGUUUACUUUGUUAA